CUAGGCUUUCCACCUGGCGUGAUCAACAUUGUCUUUGGUACGGGCCCACGAGCCGGGGAUGCACUGGUGUCCCACCCUGACGUGCCGUUGAUCUCAUUUACGGGGAGCACAGCUACAGCAAGACUGAUAACAGAGCGCAGUGCACCGUACUGUAAGAAGCUUUCACUGGAGCUUGGCGGGAAAAACCCAGCUAUUAUAUUUGCUGAUGCUGACAUGGAGCAGUGCAUCAGCACUACUGUACGAUCCAGCUUCUCCAAUCAGGGAGAGAUCUGUCUGUGCAGCAGCAGAAUCUUUGUUGAGCGAAGCAUUUACCCAGAAUUCCUUGCUCGUUUCGUGGAGGCGGCUCGUCGGUGGAAAACUGGAGUGCCCUCUGACCCCUCCAACGACAAUGGAGCGCUCAUCAACAAAGAGCAUCUACAGAAGGUUAAAGGUUAUGUUGCUUUGGCGCUGGAAGAAGGUGCCCAGGUGCAUUGUGGGGAGGGUGUGGACAAACUUAUCCUUCCACAACAAAAUGCGGGUGGCUAUUUCAUGUUGCCCACUAUCAUCUCUGGAGUGAAAGACUCCUCCGCAUUGAUGCAGGAAGAGAUUUUUGGCCCUGUAACCUGUGUGACACCCUUCGAUGAGGAGGAGGAAGUAAUCUCACGGGCCAACGGCGUCCGCUACGGUUUAUCCGCCACGGUGUGGUCCCGAGAUGUGGGGCGCGUGCACAGGGUUGCUAGGAAACUACAGGCUGGGUUGGUGUGGACCAACUGCUGGCUGGUCAGAGAU